AUGGAGAGCAGACAGCAAGCCGACCUCCCACGAGACUCCUUCAGAGCCUCCUUCCAUUAUAGCCGGGCAGCACGUGCUACGUCUGUUGAUUUUAACUGACGCUACGUCUGUUGAUUUUCACUGACACUACGUCUGCUGAUUUUCACUGACGCUAUGGCUGUUGAUUUUCAGAUUUUUAUUGACGCUAUGGUGGUUGAUUUUUACUGAUGCUUUGUCUGUUGAUUUUUAUUGAUGCUAUGUCUGUUGAUUUUCAUUGAUGCUAUGUCUGUUGAUUUUUAUUGAUGUGACGUAAUGCCUGUUGAUUUUUUUAUUGAUGCUAUGCCUGUUGAUUUUCAUUGACGCUGUGGCGGUUGAUUUUCAUUGACGCUAUGGCGGUUGAUUUUUUUUCUGAUACUUUGUCGGUUGAUUUUUACUGGUGCUAUGUCAGUUGAUUUUUACUGGUGCUAUGUCGAUUGAUUUUUUUAUUGACGCUAUGUCUGUUGAUUUUCAUUGUCGUUAUGGCGGUUGAUUUUCACUGAUGCUAUGUCGGUUGAUUUUCCCAGCAUUGGUACUAUUCUUAGCAGCCAUGGGUGACGGGCGAAAAAGGCUAUGUGGAGCAGGUUACCGAAAAAAUGCAAAAAUUAGGUGUGAAAAACAAGCCAGGGAGCUUGAACAGACAGGAAAAAUGUAACUCUUUUUCGCAAAACCUGUGGCUUCUUAUAAUGCUGAGCAGGGUGAGGAGGUAGUUGAAGAUUUAUAAAAGAGGGGCAGUAAGUGGGAAAAAGUGCAAAAUACAGUGCAGGCUAGUCACCCCGAAAUAGGGAUCACUCCCAAUCCCAAUACAAUACAAACAAAUAAGUAUAGUUAAAAAACAUAUACCACCGGGCGCGCCACAAUCACAAACAUGUGAAUAUAUUUAUCACAUUAUAUUCAUGGGUAUUCAUGUAAGGAGAUAAAAACAAAAAUAUAUAUAGUGAAGUAUUUAAUAGCAAGUAAAACAAAAUAAUAAAAACAAGUACACUCACAAAUGUAAUUGCACAACAAGGACAUAUGUCUUAAUUGUGCUAGAAAAGCUUGUCAGCCCUUUCCUGGGCUAAAGUCCCCUCUUGUAGUAGGAUCCCAGUUUUCAAAGUUCCAAUAACUCCCAGUGGUGAUUCACUCGAGGCUGGAUAAGAUCCAAAAGUACUAGGGACACUGACUUUUUCUUGAAAAAGUCGAUCGGACGAAACGCUUUGAGCGGUAAAAAGCCUGCCAGUGUCCCUAGUACUUUUGGAUCUUAUCCAGCCUCGAGUGAAUCACCACUGGGAGUUAUUGGAACUUUGAAAACUGGGAUCCUACUACAAGAGGGGACUUUAGCCCAGGAAAGGGCUGACAAGCUUUUCUAGCACAAUUAAGACAUAUGUCCUUGUUGUGCAAUUACAUUUGUGAGUGUACUUGUUUUUAUUAUUUUGUUUUACUUGCUAUUAAAUACUUCACUAUAUAUAUUUUUGUUUUUAUCUCCUUACAUGAAUACCCAUGAAUAUAAUGUGGUAAAUAUAUUCACAUGUUUGUGAUUGUGGCGCCCCCGGUGGUAUAUGUUUUUUAACUAUACUUAUUUGUUGGUAGUUGAAGAUUUAACUGUUGACAUCUGUGAAACUGAUGUUGCUACAUCCAGUUAUGAUACUUCACUAGCUACUAGUAUUGCCAGAGAAACUGAGACUUCUGAAUCAGGUCCUUCGAGUUCAGUAGAAUUUGAUGAUCCUUUUGUACAAAUAGGAGUGAGCUCUGACCCUGCUGAAUGGGUUUUAAAUGAUUGCACCAGAGACCAUGUGGCUAAACAUGGAAUAAUUCAAAAUGAGAAUCUGGACUUUACACAGUCGAGAAGGCUGUAUGCUGACCAUUCUAGGUUGCUAACUAAACACCUUUUUGAAAAAGAAAACUUUAAUGGAGAGAAACAAAAAAGGACCUAUUUUAUUUACUCCAAAAGCAAAAGAGUAGUGUUUCGUGCUCCAUGUCGUUUGUUUGGUGGCAAAUCCCAGUUGGCAGAAAGUGGCUUCAAUGACUGGAAAAAUGGCACGGCUCGAUUAAAUGAACACGAGCGUUCAGCUGAACACAAAUCCUGCAUGCUAUCUUUAAAAUCAAGAGCAUGUACACUGGGGAGAAUUGAUGAAAGUCUUACCAAGCAGCGUUCUGAUGAUAUUCAAUAUUGGAGAAAUGUUUUAAAAAGAGUUGUUGCUGCAGUUAAGGCACUUGGCACACAAGGACUUGCUUUCAGAGGGAAAGAUGACCGUUUUGGUUCCACACACAACGGAAACUACAUGAUGAUGUUUGAAUUUCUGUCAGAAUUUGACCCAUUUAUAGCAGAACACAUUGCCCGUUACGGCAGUGCAGGAAAAGGAGUCACAUCUUACCUCUCAUUCACUACCUGUGAGCAGUUUAUUCAGCUUAUGGCAGAUUCUGUUACAAAGCAGAUAGUUAAGGAGGCAAAGGCUGCUAAAUAUUACUCUAUCAGUGUUGAUUCAACACCUGAUAGCUCCCACACGGAUCAGCUGGCCUUCAUCUUAAGGUAUGUUAAGGGAGAUGGCUUACCGGUUGAGCGCUUUCUAUGUUUUAUUCCAAAUCCUGGACAUAAAUCGGAACAACUGGCUGAAGUGGUCCUCACCACUCUUAAGUCAUAUGAUCUUGAAAUUGCCAACUGUCGUGGUCAAUCAUAUGACAAUGCAAGCAAUAUGUCUGGCCAUUAUAGAGGAUUGCAAGCUAGAAUUCUGGAAAGAAAUGCACUUGCUGUGUAUAUUCCAUGCUCUGCACACUCUUUAAAUUUUGUAGGGAAGCAUGCUGCUAAAAGAUGUCCUGAAGCCUGUUCAUUCUUUGGUCUCCUAAAAUACCUUUACAUUUUUUUUACUGCUUCCACUCACAGAUGGGAGAUUUUAUACAAGAACAUUUUUCAUCUGUGCCAAACACUCUAGCAGUAAAGAGAUUAUCUGACACACGGUGGUCAGCCAGGGAAGAUGCCUGUCGAAGCUUAAAUCAAAAUUGGACUCAAGUAAUCGAAGCCUUAACAAAAAUUAAGGAAAAUACCGCAGAGGCAGCAGGAACAGGCAAGGAAACUGAAGGUCUUCUGAAUAAAAUACAGCGUCUGGAGACUGCACUUAUGAGUGGUUUGUGGGGUACUAUCCUGGAUAGAUUUGGUGCAGUUAGCAAAAAACUCCAAAGCAUUGGCAUUGAUGUUGGACUUGUAGGGGAGCUGUAUGAGUCACUGAUCCAGUUUGUUCGAGAAACCAGAGACAUAUUCACGACUUUCGAAAGCUGCUGCAAUGGAAAAAUCAAUUGUGAAGGAUUAGGAGUCAAAAAGGAAAGGUGUACAAGCAAGGAAAGGUUCAGCAACUUCCAGCAAGACACAGGCAGAGGUAGCCCAAGAAAACUUUUGCAUUAACACCUUUUAUGUUAUUUGUGACAACUUAGUUGCUGAACUUAUGAGAAGAAAAACAGCAUAUGACUCUUUCUUUGGAAAGUUUAAAUUCAUUACUGACCUAUCAAAAACUGAGCCAUCAGCAAUUUCACAGCAUGCAAAUAACCUUUGUUCUUCUUACAGCAAAGACUUGGAACAGGAGUGUUUUGUUGAUGAGUGCCUCCACUUUCGUUCAUACUUAAGUUCUUCUGCAGAAGAACUUCUCUGUUCUGGCGGUGUCCCGAAUGAUGAGAGAGAGAGGAUUGCAAAGUAUUUAUUUAAAUGUGGACAUUGCUCUCAGAAUGUUUUUGUGUACUGCAGCAACAAACUGCUCAGCUGAGCGUUCUUUCUCGACUUUGAAGAGAGUGAAGAACUACUUGCGAUCCAGAAUGGGGGAGGAAAGAUUGAACUCCCUGGCAGUGUUGGCAAUAGAGUCUGAACUCACAAAGUCUUUGGACUGUGAUGAGCUUAUCAACAGCUUUGCCACACAGAAAGUUCGUCGAAAACCACUUUAG